AUGAUCGAGCCACCAGCAUUCAAUUUUCUAUCCUUAGGUAACGGGAACAGUGAUCGCCUCAGCAGUUCCAUCGUACCCCAUCCCCUACGCAGAUUCGCCAAUAAGAAGCUGUAUGGCAGGAUCUCCAACCGGCAUCGAUCAAAACUAAACAAACCCUCGCCCAGCCGGUCCUCGAACAGACAAAGGCUACAAAAGUGGCAUUCAAUAUACUCUAGAGCUAAGAGAGGAUCGCCAGCGAGGAACAGUGUCAGUGGUCGACGACUUUGUAACACACAGUCAUGGACAGAGACUUCGCCUAAUCGCCCUGAAUUGGAGGCAUCUUCAUUCUCAUUAUCGUCGUCUUUGUUGCCAUCGACUCCUGCUCGAAAGUCUCAAUGGGAGAGCAAUAUUUCCCUGGAUGAAAACGAGAAUGGGAUCGGAAGGGAUUCACAGACACCCUCCCCAAUCCGUAACUCCCCGUCGUAUGGACGACGGACAAGACGGAGAGACGACAGUUCUCGCAACAAGUCGCACGCGACAUCUCCAGUUCGAGAAUUUCAGUCAAAUCCACAACCAUCCAGUAACACCGAGACUUGUGUGCGUUUUGAGAAAUACGACUCGGCCGGAAAAGACGAUACCACGAUAGACGUUGAGUUAAUGGAGAAGCUACGCAGUGGCCCAAAAGGCCAGAGAUACAAUAAAACCUUAGGGGCGAUAUACGUAAAGACCCUUGAACUCCAGGAAUUCAAUGGCUACGUGAAAAUUGGUUAUACCGGUAGAUCUAUGAAGUCACGGGACAGCGACGUUAGCCCCAAAGGCAAAAACGGAACUGUUAAAGAUGAGGUCGAUGUCACACCUGGCGCUCAAAGCAGGUUUCUCAACGCUUAUCAUGCGGAGCAAAUAGUUCAUUUGGAAUUGCAUAAUCAUCGGUACAAUCUGAUCGACUUCGAUAAGGGCAAAGAAUACGUACGCACGGAAUGGUUUAUGGUUGACGUGGACGAAGCGCACAGGAUUAUUGACAAAUGGCGACAGUGGCUUAUUAGGGAAAAGCCCUAUUAUGACAAUGGGAAACUCACGGAAUUUUGGAAUAUGCGAAUAAGUCAGAAAAAUUCCCAUGAUGCUUAUAAGAAGACCAGACAUAAAAGUCUACAUGAGCGUUGGAACAGCCUCUUAAAUCCUACUUGGUGGGAAAGAACUCAUUACAAGCUUGUUGUCGGUUGGGGGAUAAUUUGGAUGUGCUGGACAAAGCAUAGGUUGUUUUCCAGUUUCUGUCUUGUCAUUUUCUCCUACUUCAUGCUGAGUACUAUAUGGUCACUUUCCCUAAUUCUUCUGGUGUUGUUGGUCAAUGGUCAAUUAGCCUGA